UAUAGUAAAGUUAGUGAAGAUAAAUUAGUUGAUAAUUAGCCAAGUGAGGGGAUUAUUUUUCAUACUAGAUGCUAGUGUUUGAGCCUCGCAAGCAGCCCGUUCUCAUAAACAAUGGCCAAAGGCUCGUUAAUCCAGCCGCCAAAACACUGUUUAUGGAUGAAAACGCACUACACGAGAUCAACCAGUCCUUAGGCUGUUCUCGUACAGUCUGCGCCGGUCACAAGCGACGCAUUCGUCAGUUCUGCUGUAAAUGUUCAAAGCGAAGCAUUGUUCGAUAAAAGUUCGAACAUCAUCGGUGUGAAAGUUCCAGUCCGUCCUCCAGUCCGUCCUCCAGUCCAUCCUCCAGUCCGUCCUCUAGUCUGUCCUCCAAACAAAGACCCAUAAGUGAUUCCAUGCACCCGCCAAACCCCCCGGCUGUUUAUGAAUGAAAAACGGUUUACACACGACUCACAACUGGUUUAGUUCGAACACUUCCGGAACAAGUGCUUCACUGGCGACUUGUGUUCGAACCACAACGCUGUAAAUGCUUCACCUACGUACUACAAAUACAAAUAAUCGCCAACAGAACCUAAACACAUAACCUAACCAGUGUCUAAAUAUGUACAUUAUGCUAAUAUCUUAUAAUAUUAAUUUAUAUUUGAGAAAAUUCCCGUUUUGAAUGAAGAGCAUGUAAAUAUUUAUGAAUGCGUCUGUGGGGUCGACCGCUGGAUGUAAUGGACUUGAGUCGAGGACGGGUUGGAAAGUUCGGUGUGUAGACCGUUUUUCAUCCAUAAACACCGGGUAUUGCGACUGGAUUACGGAGCAUUUGGCCAUUGUUUAUGAGGACGGGACUGCUCUGCUUCCCACAGCUACAGUCGAUAUUUGUUCGAAAAAAUGCUUCAUUCACAUCUUAUGUUCGAAGCGAGCCUUUUGAAAUGCUUCGGCCACAUCAACCCGUCCUCGACUCAAGUGCAUUACAUCCAGCGGUCGACCCCAGCCUGAGGAAAGGACGAGCAGUUUGGACGGUGGUGGUCGUGGCUGCCUGUUGGCUGGUGCUGGUUAGGGGGGAGCUGCCCCCUCACUUGGCCCCCCUCAUGCCCCAGGGUCGAGCCAUUGAUACCCACUCAUACUACUCGUACAACAAGAUCGCCCACAAGGCGUGUCGCGUGGAGGGUCGCGCGGGCGUGUGCAUGUUCGUGUGGGAGUGCAUCAAGACAGACGGGGAGCACGUGGGCAUGUGUAUGGACGGCUUCAUGUUCGGCUCGUGCUGUACCCACGACGACAAGACCAACCACCUCUCCCCUGCCGGCGGAGGUCUCGGCGAACUCAUCGCUCCGGGCAUCAUGAGCAAGAAUACCAGUCUGCCAGCGUCGACGACGCCGAGCGCGACUUCGGGAGUUCCCGAAGUCAUCACCUCUAGACCCAUCACUAUCCAGCGGCCGCCUACACGCCCGCCCGUCACCACUACCUCUACAGAACAACCCCACACACCCACCGUGUGGGCGUGGGUGUCUCCAACCGUCCUACCCCCUGACUCCGACACUACGCCCAUACCUGCCGUCCCGCCCACGCCGCCCACACGGCCUACACGACCACCUAAACCUUCAAAACCAACACGACCAACGUGGUGGAUAGCACACACUACUCCCAGCGUGGAUGACCGUAUCCACAAGACUCAUCCAACCUCUCCACCACCCGCCACUACCACACCACUAUCAACCACCACUACCACACUACCUCCUACCACCACUCAACCACCCACCACCACACCCACCACCACCACUACCACAACUCAACCACCCACCACUACUACUACUACUACUACCACCACCACGACGAUGGCACCUACCACUACCACCACUACCACUACCACCACCACCACAACACCGCCUCCUCCAGCAGGGCCUGUAGUGAGCAGCGCGCACACUAAACAUCAGUGUGGGGUGCCAACGAUGAUGACCCAACCAGAGGGCCGGAUCGUGAACGGGACCAACGCCAGGUUCGGGGAGUGGCCGUGGCAGGUCUCCGUCAGGAGGACCAGCUUCUUCGGGUUCUCCUCGACACAUCGAUGUGGAGGAGCACUGCUCAAUGACCAGUGGGUCGCCACUGCUGGCCACUGUGUUGACGACCUGUUGACGUCACAAAUCCGGAUCCGGGUCGGAGAGUACGACUUCUCGUCCGUGAUGGAGCCGUUCCCGUACGUGGAGCGGGCGGUGAAGCGCAAGGCCGUGCAUCCCAAGUACAACUUCUUCACGUACGAGUACGAUCUGGCGCUGGUGCAGAUGACGGAGGUACUGGAGUUCCAGCCGCACAUUGCGCCCAUUUGUCUGCCGGGGAACAACGACCUCCUGAUAGGCGAGAGGGCUACAGUGACCGGCUGGGGCCGGCUGUCUGAGCAUGGCCGGUUGCCCUCUAUCCUGCAGAAGGGUUCGGUGCCCAUCGUAAGCAACAGCAAGUGUAAAGAUAUGUUCUUGAAGGGCGGGCGGCGGGAACACAUCCCGGAGAUCUUCCUGUGUGCUGGCUACGAGAAGGGCGGCAUCGACUCCUGCCAGGGCGACUCUGGAGGCCCGCUACAGGUCCGGGGCGCCGACGGCCGGUACUUCCUAGCCGGCAUCAUUUCCUGGGGGAUAGGUUGUGCCGAGCCCAACCUGCCUGGAGUCUGCACCAGGAUCUCCAUGUUCGUCCCCUGGAUACUGGAAAACGUCACUUAGACGCCCCCUUCCCGCCCACCUCGAGUGCGUCGCCUGAUGUUCCAUUCGUAUCGUCGAGGUGUCCAUCCCAAAGAUGGUCACUUAGGUGUAAUUUCACACCUGGCGAUCCAAAAAGGCCACCUAGACCCACCUAGAUCCAAGCAAACACGUCACCUUCUGGAUCUUCUAGAUCUGGAUCCUCUGGAUCUUCGAACACGUCAUCUAGAUGAUUGUAUACGUGUCACCUAGUGUUCAAACGUAGCCAUAAAUAUAUAGAAAUAUUUCUUAUCUAGGAGAGCAUCUGCUAGAUUUUUUUUGUUUAAUAUCACCUCGUCACUGUUUGACCAACAUCACCUGCAAGCUUUAACCUGUGUUAGCUCUCUCCAUCACCAAUAAGAAAACCUCUCGUUAGGGAAUUGCAGAUGAUCUGUCUCUCCCGGAGGAUGGCAGAUAGUCCCCGAGGACGUAGUCUACGAGGAGGACUACAGAAUCCUCCGGAAGACAUCGUUUAGUGGGACUUAGGUAGCUCCUCAGGAGGGCAUCACCUAGACACUUCUUGUGUGCAGAUAAAAUGAUAACAUUAUUUAUCUGAUACACGUAAGAAGCUGCAACAGAAGGCAAGACUCUACAUAAACUAGUGAACACGAUUGUGCCUUCAUAUGAAAUGAAUUCUUAUAUAUAUAUGUAUAUAUAAGUUAAUGUCUCAGGAAUGAUCACCAUCCUAAUAUUUAUGGUAAUAGUGUUAUAAGACGGAACACAUUGUGUAUCAUACGAGUAGUUACGCUCACCACCACCUUGAACCAGUGGCGCUGAUGUAGCUCUCCGACGUCACAAGGGCGACUCGUUGAGGACUUGACAAGAACGGAACGCGUUAGUAAGACGUUCGUAAGACACAGUCAUUAUUACUGUAUGUGAUACUUAGACUUGUCUCACGCCCUUGAAUUCCCCAACUUUAAGUGCUACUUGAGACUAGUGUCAUUAGUGAAGUGAGGUGUCGCCUUGAGUGCUUCAUGACAAGUUGCUGAAAAAAAGUUGUGUCACAUUGUCUCUAGUUGUUCUGUUAUUGUUGCAAAUAUUGAUAUUAUAUAUAUAUUUAUACGCCCUUGAUCGAGCCUUUUGCAACAAGUGUACAAGCGACCCUCUCGUGCAAGCCAUCAUCUUGCACGACUAUGUACACGUCUUGUUGCUGUAGCUGUUUAGUAAGUAAGACACAAGUGCCAUUACUGCUCCCUCUGGGCUUUCAACACCAUAAUCCGGAGACCUUGAACAUACCUCUUAUGUACACUCAGCCCUGUGUUGUACUCUAAAGGUACAUAUUUCCCUAGAUAAAUAUAUAUAUAUAUUGCUGCUAAAUAUAUGAUGGGUAGUUUUGUAUGUAUAGUUUAAUGUAUAGAACUUUGCUUGUGUUGAUAAUACACGCAGUUGUCAUAAACGUUGUGUUUUGAGUUUGUCUGUCCCAGGUUGUUAUUCAUUGUAGUGGUUAUGUUUGUGUGUAUAAUGUUGUGUGUAUAAUGCACAGGCGUGUCCGGUACACGCCUCGUGGCCACACCAAGGUCCGUAGCCACACCAAGGCUUGAGGCCACACUAAGGCUCCUUGGUGUACAUGUACAUCACUGGCGUGUUCAGCAGGACUUGUGUACAAUACCUGCAGGCCGGGUUAGACAGGGGCUACCAGCAGGGUGUGAAUGUGAGUGUAUGUGAAUGUGUGUGUGAGAGAGAGAGAGUCUGGUUGUGAAAGGACAAAUCAAACAUUACACUAGGGAACAAGAUGGUGGGCGAGCGUAGAGACCAAGAUACAGCAGAGUACAGUGCUGGUCACUGCUGGCCACUGCUGGUCAUCUCCACUCACCUGAAGACCUCAGCAUCCUCACUCCCCUCCUCACCACCCUCCCUUCUCACCACCCUUCCCUUUCUCUCUCACCUUCCUCAUAAUGAUAUCCAUUCACUCCCUCCUCACCUUAAUUUAUUCACGCUCCUUCAACAUUCCUGUUAGCCUUUCACAAGUUUUUACCAUUUUUGGACUCAUAAUCUUUGUUAGUUGAUUGAAACUCCUGUUGAUGUUUGUAAAGUCUGUGUGCAACACUGCAACUCAAAUUUCAAUACUGUUUUGUGAAGAGACAGAUUUGGAAUUUUUUUUUGUUUGCAGUGACCUGAUGGCUGCUGUCUAUAGUGACGGUGGUGAGGACAGGAAGAAGCCCUGACGGUCACUGUUUAUAAUGACAGUGAUAAAGCCAGGAAGCUUAAUUUGUGGCUUGUGAAGAGUUUCCCCCUCUUCUAGUUAUUCAGUGUUUUCCUUUACAUUUCCAACUAGCAUUGUGCUAACCCCA